UGUAUAAGCAUUAUCGAAUCGACAGUGCUCGCGCCUAGUGCUUUGCGGUGAAUCAAAUAAAGUUUUUGAAAACAGAAUACAGUGAAUAUUUGAACAUGAAUGGUGAAGUGUUGUAGUAAUAUUAAUUGCAGUAGUUAAUCAGUGAGGAUUUUUUCAAGAUGGCAAAAUCUACUGUUUUGUUUCGGCAAUGCAUUAUCCCUCGUCAAUCUCGCUCCGUCAGUACGACCUCACCCCAUCGCACAUCAACGUCGCCGCAACGUCGCUCUGUCGCCGCGCCGUCGCCUGCGACAUCGCUCAAACCCUUCAACGAGAUCCCUGGGCCGCUAGCGCUGCCUAUGUUGAGGCAUUCUGCACACGUUUUACCCAGGAUAGGUAACUUCCACCACACAGUCGGCUUAGGCCUGCUAGAAGGCCUGCAAUCCCGCUACGGAGACCUCGUGCGUCUAGCGAAAGCCUCUCGCACCCGCCCAGUGCUGUACAUCUUCCACCCCGAGCUGAUGAGAGAGGUAUACGAGAGCUGCUCCACGGAGCCGCCUCAGUGGGCGCGAUCUCCACUCCAAUCACACCGAACUUCUACAGGCUGUCCGUUCCACGGUGACGAAACUAAAGCGAUCUGGGCAUCCAUAGGAGCACUCCUAGAAGACCCAACUCUUCUGAAAAACUUGGAAAAAUCUUUCAAUGAUAUCGCAGUAGACGCUACGAGGAGAUUCGGAGAGCUAAGGAAAGCUGAGAACGCGCUGAACGAGGAAUUAGAAACUGAAGUGUAUCGCUGGGCACUGGAGACUCUAGGCAUGGCGGCGUUGGGCACUAGACUUGGGUGCCUCGCCGGUGCUACCCAUGUACCCACUUCAGAAAACAGAAACCCAGAAAAAACCUCAAUGGACGACGAGAUCCCGGACCUCUGCUCGCUGUCCAAACGCUGCCCCAGCGGUCUCACUCCAGCAGAAGCGCUGGUCCGGUGUACGAGGGCGAUAUCUGAUGCGGGUUACUUGGUGCGGAGCGAAAACACCCUCAAGACGGAGUCGAAGACGUUUAACAAUGCACUGAAGGCGCUGGAUAAGCAUUACAGCCUGACAGAGCACUUCGUCCAGCAAGCCAUGUCCGAGCUAAACAGCACAAAUCCGAAGCCAGAACAAGUCCUCCUAAAUAAACUGGCCCCACUGAAGCAGAGGAUACUUCCACUUGUUGCUGAUGUUUUAUUGGCUGGAGUCAAUCCUUUAGCCCAAUCGGCCCUUGCUAUGCUCUACCACCUGUCUCUCAACCCCGCGCGACAGCAACGCGCCCACGAUGAGAUCUGCUGGUCCGCAGCGUCUCAUGAAGCUGGUGCUGGGGUCCAGGAGUUACCUUACCUAGCAGCGUGUGCCAGGGAGGCCUUGAGGCUACAUCCAGCUACGGGAGGCGUGGUGCGGAGGAGUACGGAGGCUAUCAGUGUUGGUGGAUACGAAGUGCCUGCUGGGGUCGACAUAGUCUUAGCUCACGGAGUCACCAGCAAAUCUGAGAACCAGUGGGGCAGAGCCAAGGCCUUCAUUCCCGAGCGCUGGUGCAGCGAGGGCUGGGAGCCUCUGAGGGCCUCCCGGGCUCAUCCCUUGGCCUCUCUCCCUUUCGGUACCAGGUGCCCAGCCUCCGGCUUCGCUGGGCAUGUACUGGCAAGUUUAGCUACCAGGGUUCUGGAGAGGUAUAGGCUGGAAUGGCACGGGCCGGCGGCGAAUAUGGUGACUACGGGAGUGAAUAAAGUGCAGGCGCCGUAUUAUUUUGUAUUGCAGGAUGCACAUUAGUUUAACACCCCUGCACCACUUAUCCUUUAAACCGAGCAGUCAAACUCGGGCAGUCAAGUUACACAUUUUAAAUUUUGACAUUGGAACUACUAUUUUAUUUAGGUAAUCGACAACGUUGUCUGUAAUUUUCUGUACGAAUCAGCCUGCCGAUUUUUGCGGGGAGGGGCACGUCAAAUGUAUGGCUAUUUGUAUGUAAAGUAAAAAUAGCGAUGUCAGAUAAACGUCAGUCCAAACAAUACAUAUGACCAUUGGCCGAGUUUUUCGACAGAGGUGUAAGCUCUUAAAGGCGACUCCGGUUUUUAAAUCCUCCAAGCGACAACGUGACGAAUUACUUUGUCCUAAGCAUCUAAGCAAGAUUUUCUUUAUUUAACUUAUAGUUUGAUAGAAUCAACUUUAAGUAAAACAAAGAGAAAGUGUGUAGGUAUUAAGUGUAAAAAAAGUUCAAUUUGGGUACGAGAAAACAGUUGCAUAGAAUUUUCGAACUAUUCCUAGGUAGCAAAAAUUAUUUUCAUCUUAUUACCCCACUUUAACUUAUACCGAUUUUAUUAAUACUGAGAAAUGCACUAGAAAACGAAUUUAACAUUUUGCGUGCAUAAGUAAACCGCCUUUAUAUUCUAUGUUCCUUAAUUUUAACAUUGUAUUCUUACAAUCUAAGACUUUAUAUUAAUUUAAAAAUAAAUGGUAAUUUAUGUCAA